AUGUUUAGGAAAUAUAGAUCUAAUUCAACAAAUAAUGCAAGACACAAUAGAAGUAAUAGCACAAGUGAUAAUGGGAAUAAUAAUAUAAGUCCAGUAAGGAGAUUUAGUCAGCCUAAUUUGGUUAGAUAUGAGAUCUUGCAUUCUACUUCAUCUAAUUCGUCAAGUUCAUCAAAUAAUUCAUCAGCUAUCAAUAGUGAUAAUGAAAUAUCACCUGCAACAUCUACCAAUGAAGAAGAGAAUGAAACAAAGUCAAUGUUAUCAGAAACAAAUACGUUAAUUGCAAAUAAAGAAACUAGAUUAGAAUUACAAGAAACUUUUGUUGAUAAUUUUACCAUGUAUAUACCUUAUUUAUUAAGACAACGUAGAUUAUUAGAGCAAAGACAAUUGCAAGAACAUGGAGAUGGAGAAGAAUAUAAUGAGGAAGUAAAUUCUUCAGAUGAUGAUACUAUAAUUGAUGCAACUGCAAAUGUAGUUACAAAUUAUUCACAAAAUACAAUUUUAAAUCAUCAAAUAUCUGAAUUUGAUUAUAAAAGAAAGUUUAUAAUAGUGGGAGGAAUAUUGAAACAUAAUCUUUAUAUAUUUCCAAGUGAGGAGUCCUUUAAGUUAUUCAAAACGCUACGGUCAAAUGUCAAAAAAGAAAGGAAGAAUUCAAUUAUAGUUUAUGAUUCUCAAGGUAAUAUCAAGAAAGCUAACGUAGAUAAAGAAAAAGAGAGAAUUGAGAUUAACGAUGGAAAUAUAAUUGAUUCUCGAUCACAUUUGAUUCCCAUAGAUUAUAAGAUCAAAGGUGAAGGUCUACCUAUUCUAAAAAUGGAAAUGCCAUAUUUACCGUUAUUCAGAAAAAUCCCUUUGUUUACUUUUAAAAAAUAUUUGGAGAUACCCAAACCACCAAUAGAUAAUCAUCAAGUUGAAAACGAAGAAGUUGAAUUUGAAACAACUACAAUAUGUAAUGUUCAAGCUAAAUUUUUACAAAAAUUUAGAAGGUUUAUAUUUGAAUUCAAAUUUGAUAAUAACAAGUUUAAAGUAUUAAUGUUUCAAUCUAAUCUGAAACCAUUUGCGGAUUUCAUAUAUAAAAACACGCGUUUCAGAAUCAUUGGUCCUUCAAUCACAAAUGGGAUAGUUUGUAAAUAUAAUCCUCAUAUGAGAUUAUUAAUAGUUGAUAAUGAUCAACCAAGUUUAUGCGAUGAAGUACAGAAUAAGAAAUCAUCAUCGAUUUUAAAAAAACAUGAAUAUGAAAAUGCAAAAUUUAAUAUCAAUGAUUUUUCAACUUAUGUAAAUCCAAUACCAACAUCAAAAUUUGCAAAUGAGGAAAUUUCAAUAAAUUCAAAUGAUACAAAUUAUAUUUCAAAUAAUUUACCACCAUUUGGAUGUUUUAAAGAUUCCAUAUUAUAUUCAAAUCAGAAUGGUCUUUUACCUAAAAUGUAUUCUGAAGUGGGUAAAAUAGAAGUAUAUCAAGAUGAUUUAAUUUUAGAAUCAAAUCCAGAUUCCACAUUCUCUGUAAAUAUUGAUUCCAUUGUCAUAUGUUGUAUAUUUGCCACAUUAAGAGAAACUUCAAUUAGAAAUGCUGGUAAAGCUGCAAAACCAGCUGGAUUUAAUCAUAUUUUUUAG